UAUAUAGGUAGAAACAUUCACAGACUAGAAUUUUGUUGAGCGUAAACUACUCUCAAUGGCAAUGGAUAUAGAGAAGAAAAUAUAUCUCAAGAGACAACUUGGAUAUUUCUGGGGGACAAAUUUUUUAAUUAUCAAUAUAAUUGGUGCAGGGAUAUUUGUGUCCCCCAAGGGAGUGCUACAGUACUCUUCCAUGAAUGUGGGAGUCUCCUUGUGUGUUUGGGUUUUCUGUGCAGUGCUGUCCUUGACCAGUACUCUCUGCGCUGCAGAAAUUGGAAUAACCUUCCCAUACACGGUGGCUCACUACUAUUUUUUAAAGAGAUGCUUUGGCCCUUUUGUGGCAUUCCUAAGACUUUGGACUUCUUUGUUUACGGGCCCAGGCGUACUGGCUAGUCAAGCUCUGCUACUCGCCGAGUAUGGCAUUCAGCCUUUCUAUCCCAGCUGCUCUGCCCCGGCUGUACCAAAAAAAUGUCUGGCCCUGGCGAUGCUGUGGAUUGUGGGAAUUCUGAAUUCUCGUGGUGUGAAAGAGCUGUCAUGGCUUCAGACAGUGAGCACGGUGCUGAAGAUGGGUAUACUUAGCUUCAUUUCCCUCAGCGGCUUGUUCUUGCUGGUGACAGGGAGGAAGGAGAACGUGCGAAGGCUUCAGAAUGCUUUUGAUGCCGAGUUUCCAGAGGUGUCUCGGUUGAUAGAAGCUAUCUUCCAAGGAUACUUCGCAUUUUCUGGCGGAGGAAGUUUUACAUACGUAGCAGGGGAGCUGAAGGAACCCAGCAAAACAAUUCCUAGAUGCAUAUUCACAGCGCUGCCUCUGGUAACUGUGGUGUACUUACUGGCUAAUCUUUCCUACCUGACAGUUCUGAGCCCCCAGGAACUUCUCUCUUCAGAUGCUGUGGCUCUCACAUGGACAGACAGGGUCAUUCCCCAAUUAACAUGGAGUGUUCCUUUUGCUAUUUCUGCCUCACUGUUCAGCAACCUUGUGACUAGUGUAUUUGAGACAUCAAGAACGUCAUAUAUUGCAAGCAAGAAUGGGCAGCUGCCCUUGUUGUGUAGUACCCUAAAUGUUCACUCCUCUCCCUUUAUGGCUGUGCUACUAGAUGUCAGUAUGGGGUCCAUUGCAAUUGUCUUAACAAACCUAAUUGAGCUGAUAAACUAUCUAUUUUUUGUUUUUUCCAUUUGGACUGUCUUAUCAGUAAUAGGGAUCUUGAAACUGAGGUACCAGGAGCCUAAUCUACACAGACCAUAUAAGGUGUUUUCUCCGUUCUUAUUCAUAACAGCUGCCAUCAGCCUGAGCAUGGUUUUGAUUCCACUUAUCAAGUCUCCGAAGAUGCAAUAUAUCUAUGUGUUCCUCUUCUUUCUCGGUGGACUACUGUUUUACGUGCCAUUGAUACACUUUAAAUUGAAGUUAAUGUGGUUCCAGAAGUUGACUUGCUAUCUGCAGUUACUGUUUAAUAUUUGCAUCCCUGAUGUGUCUGAUGAGCAUGUGCCAGAAGAAGAAAGUUGAGAAAGAAUAGACUUUUGUAACCAUAUCAUGUUCCAGCUAAAGGUUAAGUGUAGGCUAGAAUAGUAAAAUGGCGACUCUAGAAAUGGAAAUGGUGUAUAGAAAAGUACACAGGAAGUUCCUGGUUUUGACAAUGACAAAGGAAGUGCCUGGAGAGAUGGCUUUGCUUUUAAGGGUACCAGUUGCCCUCCCAGAGGACUGAAGUUCAAUCCACAGGACCCACAUAGACGCUCAUAACUCUUGAACUUUAGGCACAGAGGAGCCAAUAUCCUCUUCUGGAUUCUGAAGACAUUACACACAUGCGGUGUACAGAUAGACAUGUAGGCAACCAUGCACAUUUACAAAAAAAAAAAA